AAAUAACGACACAACAACUGUUGACAAUUGAUACCAAAAAUUGUUUUCAAAUUGCAGUUGAUAAAUAUAAUCUAAAAGAAAUAGCUUUUGCCGAUUUGGGAAAACCGAACUAUGUAAAUCGUGGUGUAUCUGGAAAUGUUUACUGUACCUCUUGUAACUCAAUACCGAGUGAAAAGGUUGCCGUAAAGGAAAUAUUAAUCUCAGAAGACAAUGAUGAAAAAGGAAUUAAAAUGUUUCUUAACGAGUUAAAAUUACAUAGUCAAGUUUCUCAUCCACAAAUUAUUAAAUUUUAUGGAAUAAGUAAUGCUUACUACCUUUUAAUGGAAUAUGCAAAUGAUGGAACUUUACGGCAAUAUUUGAAAUCCGCUAUACUUUCUUGGGGAAAAAAAGUUGAAUUAGCAGUACAAAUAGUUGAAGGAAUGUUAUAUCUACACAAUAAGAAAAUUACUCAUCGUGAUUUGGUUGAAAUCUCUGGAAUAUAA